CCUAAUCCCAUUAUCAAUCUCCCCCUUUCUCAAGCUCCGCUUCUGCCUGUCUUCGCCUCAGUCAUUGAUUGCCGCCACCUACCGCCGUCUCCAACAGCUAGCCGUCGUCGUCGCGCCGCAACCCGUCCUCGCCGGUGCAAAGUCUGGUCCUUUCUUUGCCGUUUUGUGUGGUGAUUCUGCCACCGUCCAUUACUUUUCGUCGCAAUCAACAGCAUCGCCCCAUCUCUCUGCCAAUUUCUCCUCCUCUUUUCCGGUGAAAGCUGCAGAAUUUCCGAGCGGGCCGGUUUUACGAGCUUAGUCAUCGUCUUGGUUUCUUUCUGCCUCGGGUAAAAGCUUCUACCCCUGCUAAUUAAGUCAUUGCUCGCAGAUUGCGGUUGCUCGCUCUUUUGCCUACAGUGAGCCAAAAAUGGGAAUUGGUGGCUGCUCAUCAUUGACAAGUCUCAAGAACCCUAUAAACAAAAUGUCCAAAGACUCGUACUUGCGAACUGUCCUUGUCUUUGUUGCAUAGCUCGAGGAGUGUGUUUUGAGAAGUUUGAGUGAGAAUGUCCAUUUGAUCUUUCUGGUUUGCCCCAUUCUUCACAGAUAAUAGGAGUAGCAGGAUAAUUUUAGGUGCAUUUUCUUAUUAGAAACAUGGGCAGCUUUGAAGGCUUUCCCUUUUGUUUUGAAGCUUCGUUUUCUUGAAACUUAGUGGCAUAUUGUGUCCAACUAGUAUUCGUUUCGGGAGAUAAAGCCAUACCACUAGAUUGAGUUAAAAUUUUCUUAGCUACCUAGUUAGGUUCAUUGGUUAUGCAUUAUUGCAUUUUUAGAAGCUCUCAUUGUUUGAAGCAGGGGAACUGGACACUAUGCAUAUUUUGUCCGGCUUUUUUUUUGUCGCAUUGUAAAGAGAGCUGGUUGAGGUAAAUGCAUUGAUAUAUGUGAAUAUUACCAAAUAUCAUGACACAAAUGCUUUGUUGAUGAUAGAUGGCAAGCGCUUGGAUUUGAGCUUUGCAAUCAUACAUAGGGAUAUAGAGAGGGAGUGGGAGAAUCAGGGUGGAGUUAUGGGUCUUAUUUUUUUUAUGGAGGUUCUUGCUUGUGCUCUGAAGAAAUAUACGUCUGCAAUAUUUCAUGGGAGAAUGAGGAGACCAAAUUAAAUUUCAAACUUAUUAUUGCUUUGGAGCAUCUUGGAGCAAUUGAGCAAUGGAGCUUAUGGAGCAAGGCUCACUUGGAGGAUUGCUCAAUUGGUUUGCUUCAUAGUUUUGUUUUGUUUCUCUCUUGCAUAUGUUUCAUCAGAUUACACACUGAUGAUAAACAGAAUAGAAGCAAAGAAGGCUACUUUAUAAAUGUUGAUUCCCUUUUUUGUGAUUAUGUGAUUCCCAUGGUUUCAGCAGUGAAAGCUUUGCAGUAUCAGAAUGAGUGGCCGUUUCUCUCGAACAAUCUAUUGUGGCAACCUGCCCGCAGAUAUACGAGAAUCUGAAGUUGAAGAUAUAUUCUACAAGUAUGGCAGGAUUCUGGAUAUAGAGCUGAAGAUUCCUCCUCGCCCUCCUUGUUAUUGUUUUGUUGAGUUUGAAACUUCUCGGGAUGCUGAAGAUGCGAUCAGGGGACGUGAUGGGUACAAUUUUGAUGGCUGUCGUUUGAGGGUUGAGCUUGCUCAUGGUGGAAGGGGACCUUCUUCAAGCGAUAGGCGUAGUGGUGGCGACGGCUACGGUGGUGGUGGUGGUCGUGGUGGUGGAGGAGGAGGUGGGGGCCGGCAUGGUGUCUCCCGCCAUUCUGAAUUUAGAGUAAUUGUCCGUGGGCUCCCUUCUUCUGCUUCUUGGCAAGACUUAAAGGAUCACAUGCGGAAAGCUGGCGAUGUUUGUUUUGCUGAAGUUUCGCGUGAUGGUGAUGGGACAUUUGGCCUUGUUGACUAUACCAACAGCGAUGACAUGAAAUAUGCUAUUCGGAAACUUGAUGACACUGAGUUUAGAAACCCUUGGGCCAGAUCCUACAUUCGGGUGAAGAGGUAUGACAGCUCACCAUCAAGAAGCCGCAGCAGAAGCAGAAGCCGCAGCAGAAGUCCAAGAAGGGACAGAAGCAAAUCUGUGGGACGAUCAGUUUCAAGGUCCAUGUCGAGAUCUAGAUCAGCAUCACCUGCUAAAUCACCAAGGGCUAGAUCAAGGUCAAGGUCUGCUUCCCCUGAAAAGGCUCGUUCGGGAAGCGCCUGAGUGAUUGAGACCAAACUGAGAGCAUUUCAUGGCCUAUACCCACCUGUUGGGGUUUAAUGCUUUGAAUCAUUGAGACUAGCUGCAGUUUCGAGUUCUAUGGUACUGAUUGUUUAUCUUUAUUCGUUGCUUGCUUAGGGGUUAUGUAUGAAGUAUGAACUAGAGUUGGGUUUUGUUGGAUCAUUCUGUGUAGUUGCUCAUCAAUGGUGUGACACUGACGUUUAUUUGGAACACUUUUGCCGCUGUGUGCGACUGGAUUCUUGUUUGACUUGGCUAUGUUGAGACGUCAGUUGUAUCGAUUUGACUUGUGACUUGGUUGUUUGAGCGUAAGAAUAUCUUUGUUCUGGUAGUCGAUAGAUUGAAUUUUAUUACCUUCGUGAAUCAUGAACCAAUUGUUUUUAUGUGG